AUGAAAUUUUCUGAAGAAGAGCCAGAUGAUGUAUUCCCAGUAUUUAGAGAUGGUAUUCGAUUCGGGGAUUUAAAACUUGAGGUGGGGAUGAAAUUUAUACAAAGUGGGAGUUCAGAGAGGGCUGUGAGAUGCAGGGCUGUUUGUAAAGCUGAGGAUUGCAAGUGGGUGGUAUAUGCAUCACGAGAUCACGAGGAGACAUGUUGGCAGAUAAAAACCUUCAAUGACGACCACACAUGUGCUAGAGAGGCCUCCAACCGAGCUGCAAAUAGGAACUGGUUGACUAGCAAGUUAGUGAAGAAGGUUAGGAAAUAUCCUAACUUCAGACAAUGUGAGGCAGCUGUAUACUUCAAGUCCAAGUGUGAUCUUGUGCUGAAUAGGAAUUCAAUUUCUAGAGCCUUGGCAGACCCUAGAGCUGUGGUGUAUGGGGAUGAGAAGGCCCAGUAUGCAAUGGUAAGGGACUAUGGAGAAACCCUAUUGAAGUGUAAUCCGGGGUCAACAGUUAGAAUAGGGACUAUCCCCCAACCAGAUGGAAAUGUGAUCUUUCAGAGGAUGUAUGUAUGUCUUAGUGGGUGCAAGAAUGGUUUUAAGGCCGGGUGCAGGCGACUGAUUGGUUUAGAUGGUGCGUUCCUUAAAACUCAAACUGGAGGCCAGAUUCUAUCCGCUGUGGGACAGGACGCAAAUCAUCACAUCUAUGUUAUAGCAUGGGCAAUUGUGGAUGUCGAGAACACGGAGAACUGGAGGUAG